AUGUUUGUUCUACCGCCGCCGCCCCGAUAUCCCAUCGGUGGUCCGUACACGGCAACCGGCAUCACAGGCAUCGUGCCCAUGAUUGAGACGAAUAAUACCAUUUCCAACCCUUACGGACCCGAGUGGCAGUUUCUGGUGGGAGAAGGCACCUACGUCCUCAAGGAAGACCUGCACCUUGCAACACCACCGCCACAUCCAUCCGAGGCCCCCAUCGUCAAUCCAAACCCCUUAGCUACCAAUCCGCAACCUGCAUCGGCGGGCACAAAAAUGACGCUCGUCCGUAUUCAGUCCCGGCCGCCACCGUUCUUCUACAGAGGACCAUCUGCCACAACCUUGUCGCUGGGUAAAACUAGUUCGCGGGAACAGUCUGGAGAUGGUAGAUACUCCACCGAAGGCGGACUGAGCAGCGAAGAUGGCCGGGGAACAUCUACGAGCGACGGGCCAAAUUCUGUGACUCUUGGCUUCACCCCAGCAUUCGGCGAGGGAAAUUCGUUGCUCGUGCCGUCGCAAACAAAAGACGUAAACAAGCGAAAGAAGCCAAAGAACAAUGUGACCAAGAGUAAUUCAUCCUUUAUUUCGAGAGUCAUUGUCAAUGAGAGCUUAUCGAGAAGAAUGUCGGACAGACCCAGCGACGGCAUUUUUGCGUUUGCAAACAUCAACCGUGCUUUCCAAUGGCUGGAUUUGUCUUCACCAAACAAGCAAGACUAUUUCACCAAGAUUUUGUUCACCAAGGCGCAUUGUCUGUGCCAUGACGUGAAUAUGGUGACCAAAGGAGCCUCGCAUAUCGACGUGAUUAUGGGUUUCUCAACCGGGGAAAUCAUAUGGUGGGAGCCAAUUUCACAGAGAUAUACACGCAUGAACAAGAAUGGCGUCAUCAACAACACCCCCGUGACACACAUCAAAUGGAUUCCAGGCUCGGAGAACCUGUUUUUGGCGGCACACAUGGAUGGCUUUUUGGUUGUCUAUGACAAGGAAAAGGACGACGCACAGUUCACCACAAAGGAGGACGCGCCAAGUGUCCAUGGCAGCGAGUCCGGCCAUGGCCAGAAUGGAGUUAAACCCGGGACCAAGAUGCACAUUGCCAAAUCUGUGCAUUCGCAGAACCAAAAGACGAACCCUGUUGCGGCGUGGAAGUUGUCGAAUCAACGUAUCAACUCUUUCGCCUUUUCACCCGACAACCGGCAUUUGGCUGUUGUAUCCGAGGAUGGAACUUUGAGAUUGAUAGAUUAUCUCAGAGAAGAGCUACUGGACCUAUUCUUCUCGUACUACGGAGGUCUGACAUGUGUCUGCUGGACACCGGACGGCAAGUAUGUUCUGACCGGGGGCCAAGACGACUUGAUAUCGAUUUGGUCGGCUGCGGACUCUGCAUUGGUGGCAAGGUGUCAAGGUCAUCAGUCUUGGGUAUCAUCGCUAGCCUUUGAUCUCUGGAAGUGUGACGAGCGCAACUACCGCUUUGGAAGCGUUGGCGACGACGGCCGCUUGUGUCUUUGGGACCUCAAUGUUGGCAUGCUCCAUCGGCCGAAAACCGCGGCAAGACAGCGUGGCUCCGUUUCUGGCCCGGCCGGCAUGUCGCCACGAAGCGAAGCAGGCAGUCCUUUGGGCAGUCAAUUGAGACCCAACUCCUUGUAUGAGACGGACGAGGAUGGAGAUGGAAUUUCACACCCCGUGGAACCAAGAUGUCGAAUCCCCAUCUUGCCGCCAGUUUUAACGACGGUCAUCGACACUCAUCCCGCAUGCUGGUUGGAUUUUACCGAGGAGGCCAUCAUCACAAGCUGCAAAGAUGGACACGUAAGAACAUGGACUAGACCCGGCGCAUCUGUCUAA